UUUCGCCUCUCGUCUCUUUUCAUACUUCCUGAGAAGAGAGCUUUCGUGGAACGGUCUGUUUCAUCGCCACCGUCAGUGAUAUGCGUGUCCACGGUCGAAAGGAAAAAAAAGAAAAGUGACGAAGACCCGGCUACGUGUAUGCUGUAUGUGGGUGCGCUAUGGGGGCGAGAGGAGAACGCAAGGGGGUGGGACGCUUGCGCCGGUUGAAACGCACCCUAUAUAAGGAGGCAACACGUUCCGAAGCGAUACUCACAUUUGGAAGGCUGCCUCGCGAGGGACAGGUUGAUCUGCCGGAAAGAUGGGGUUCGCCAGGAACUACCUCGUAAGCCUGAUCCUCUACGUUUCUAUCGUUAACGAGAUUCGUCAACCAGCGGUGACGUGCCAAGAUGAAGAGAGCAGUCAUUGCAUGCCAAAGAAGACUUUCCUGACGAUACUGCGCUUACCGGAGGUCAGCUCGAAUCUAGCGGCCUACUCAAGGACAGCGAGGAUCAUCCAGAAAACGAAGAACCGCGACGAUAUGGUUCAGUUGAAAGCUCUCAGCUCGGAGGAGAGCGACGACGCUGAGAUCUGUAUUCCCACCGGGAUUUAUUUGGAACUCUUGAGGGACCCGGCUUUGCGAGGACACCUGAGCGUGAUGGCCCGUACUCACAAGUUACCCGAAUUUCCGGGACGCCUUUUGGAUGACAGCGAGGAGAUCGAGUCGAGCGACCUGAUCCCCGAACUGGAAAAACGUAGCCUCGCCACACUGGCCAAGAACGAUGACUUGCCUAUCACUAUACAAGAACGCCAGGACGAUGAUGACAAUGAAAAACGGAAUACUCAUUUUGGCGACAACCUGGACGGUCUGAUAAGCACACUACUAGCCGAUGAAUACCGUCGACGAGCACCCGAGAUCUACGACUUGCUGUCCGAGUUAGAUCCGGAAGCAGGCGAGUACGUGCUCGACAAACGCAAUGUGGGCUCUUUGGCGCGGGACUUCGCUUUGCCCACAGGUAGACGUCACAUCGCCUCGGUAGCACGCGAUUACGGCUUACCGAGCGGCAAGAGAAACAUCGGUGCUUUGGCCAGGCAGAGUAUGGUGCCAUUGAACGGUAAGAGAAAUGUCGCCUCUCUGGCGCGGUAUUACAUGUUGCCGCAGGCCGGCAAGAGGAACGUGGCCGCGUUGGCCAGGGACUCGUCUUUGCCUUACGGCAAGCGUUACCUCGGUUCGCUGGCUCGAAGCGGCGGCUACCCCGUUCACGGAUACGACGACGGCAAGAGAAGCAUCGCCUCCUUGGCUAGGAACGCCGACUGGCCGGCUUUCGCGAAACGAGGUGGCUCGGCGCCAGGAAGAAUGAUCGCCACGAUGCGAGUGCUCAAUCGCCAUGGAAGAUCCUUGAAUGACGACCGCGAGGCACGCAAUAACGAACCCUUGGACCUCCAGCGACUCAUCAAUCAUGGACACAACGGCGACGAAGUGAAGGAGAAGCCGGUCGAGUGGCAGACCACUCCCUUCAGCGUCUUGGACGAGCUGGAAGACACCAAAGCAAAGAACAGGUCCAACAGAAAAAUGGACGUCGCAUCGCAAACAAGACACAAAAGGCAGAUCGACUUCUCCGACGAGUAUCCGUUGCCCGUUGUGCAGAACGCCAACGUAUUCGACUACGAGGACAUGAUCGAGGCUCUCGCUGAUCACUACCCGAAUGCGGAGAAGAGGUUCAUGGGUUCCGCGCCGGAGGUGCCGGUCGACUCGGGCUACCCUGAAGUUUUGCGAACGAGUAAGAGGCAUAUCGGGGCCCUCGCGCGCCUCGGCUGGCUCCCGUCGUUCCGUGCACCACGAUUCUCUCGGUCACCGCGAUAUCUGGUCGAAAGGGAGAAUCCCGCAGAUGGGUCCACGUCCCACUACACCCCCGACACGUCGACACGGUCGCUAAGACCGUUAUUCACCCCGAAAACUCGCUACUUGCAGUCCCUGCACGGAGAUUGUCGACACGGCUUCAAGAGGUUCCUGCUGUUACCGGACGUUGAUGACCUUCUUCGGCCGCAUUCCCGCAUCGCGCCCCGUUCCAUGUAAAGUUCUCGUUUCACUGUUCAUCCAGGUGACACCGCCGUUUAAAUAUAUAUCAUGCCGGGGUCACGCGUGUACCUAGCGAAUUGAGAGGACGAGGGGAAAGCAAGCACGUACGAAUUAAACGAAUGUAAAUACUCGGAUCCUGAGACCGACGUUUUUCCUUGCUCAUUAUCGACGGUAGAUAUCGAAUUUGCCGGAUAUGUGGAUUACAAUCAAAUGCUCGAGUAUACAGUCGAAAAAGAGGUGUAAGAUGGAUUUUGUCGGUUCCACGGAUUAUCAGACGAAUUCAAAGAGCACGAGCGUAAUGUGGAAGUAAGGAAGCACGUCGUAUACUUCAGCGAACAAUCCUUACGUUCGCAGAGGAUUGGUCUUCUCGCAGGAUCCGUCGAUGGACAAUAAACUUAUAUUUCGCUGACAAUAAUCUUACGUAAUCCUAAUGUAAAGCCUUAAAUGUGCCGUCUGUAUCAAGCAGAGAGCGAUUUCAAUUCUCAUACGGCGUUAUGUCUGAAACAAACUUUAAUUCGUGGAACAGAUUUUUCUCGUUCGAGAAGCUCGUCACUAUGGUUCAGUUUUCUCGAAUCUGUGUUAUAUAAGGAACUCCGCCGUCGAUUGUUGCUUCAAAUGGGUUUCUCCAAAUGUACGUUCCCCCAAUAUUUAUAUCUUAAUAUUUCUCUUAAUGUCAAUGUGCAGAAAACGUUAUUCCCGUGCCACGAGAACCUCGUGUGAAGUCGAUGAAGCUAAGAAAUAAUCUCCGUCAGUAGAGAUGGGCGACGAAACGAUAUUUAUUUUUAACGUUUUCUUUCUAUUUUUAGGUUCAAUCAUUUUUUAUGUUGUCGGGAGGGACAGAGAGAGUCUCUUCUUUAAUUCGAACAAUAAAACGACAUUUGUUUCUUUGUAUCUUUUUUUUAUUUUCAGACUCAGUUAUUCAUCAUGUUGUCGGGACAAGUUUCUCUUUUAUAAUUCGAUACUAUUAAAUUCGAUAUGCACAUUAAAAUCGAUAUGCACAUCAAAAGUGAUAUGUUUUAUUAUUCGGUACUAUUAAAUUAAUUUAUCACAAAAGAUUUUGAAAUUAAUAGAAAUAGCGGGUCUAGCAUGAGGGUUCCAUAACGGGUCUAACGAAACAAGCUUCCGUAAGAAUCACGAGAUGGCACUAGAGGCAGCCAUUUGCCAAUUUCUAUGGUCCAGUAUUUAGCUUAGUUUCGGUUAGACCCUUUACGGCUAAACCCGUUAUUUUUAUUAUUAGUACCAAAGUCUCCGCUACGAGCCGCUACUAUCCUGAACGAAGAAUCGAGCGCAUAAUUCAACUCAACGACAGACAUAUCUUUUAUUAAGCAAGUAGUACGAGUCAAUGGGAAGUUGAACAUGUUUUUUUUAUUGAAAUAUAAUUGAAAUUUUAUAGAUUAAAUUUUGGCAAAAAUGACAAUAUUGAGAUAGUUCAAGAAGCAUUUUACAGUUUGAAAUUGUUAAUUUUCAGUUAUGAGAUCGUACCAGUUGCUAUAGCUUUUUGCAAAGAUAUAUCGAGUUAAAUGACAACUGUUGAAGUUGGUUUAAUUCUCAAUUCACAUUUUUUAGUUGUUUUUAUAUUGAAAACAUAUUUGUAUUAAAAAUACCAUAAACACAUAUAAAAGAAGAAACUCUAAGCUUCGCAUUCAUUAUUUAACAAAUAUCGCACACUGAUUCGGUUUUCUAAUAAUAAGCGACCGAAAGGACAUCUUUUAAUUUAUCGUUGAAUAAUUCAGCGAGAAGGAAUUACAUCCGAAUGUCUGCAAACAAUUGCGAAAUUAUUGUAGCACUGUAAGAAACAAAUGAACUUCAUACAUGAAAAUAUAUAUAAUAAAUAGAGA